AAAAAAAAAAGGGAAGAGAUUGAGAAAUAAUGCUUCUUCGGCCCAAUGCUCGACCACUCUGUCUCUCUUCACUCUCCUUCCACGCGAGGAGGAGCUAUAGAUCAAAGUGCGCAAGCAAAGAUAUGGCUCAAGACGAAUUAGAUUCUUCGAGAACUAAGACGCGUGCUGAUUUUCGAUUAUGCAGUGUAUCAAGUUACACGACUGAAUUGCUGGAGAUUAGCGCCGAUGAUCCUAAGAUUCAUGUUUUGUUCAUCCCUGGAAAUCCAGGUGUUGUUUCAUUUUAUAAGGACUUCGUGGAAUCACUGUACGAGUUUCUCGGAGGACAUGCAUCUGUAACAGCUAUCGGGCACAUAUCACACACGAAAAAGAACUGGGAGCGUGGAAAGCUAUUCUCAUUAGAAGAACAAAUUGAUCAUAAGAUGGAUUACAUCAAGCAGGAGCUAGAAAAUACUGAAGUUCCUAUAUUACUGGUUGGGCACUCUAUUGGUUCAUACAUAGCUAUUGAUAUGCUUAGGAGGUCCUCAGAGAAGGUGGCAUAUUGCAUUGGGCUAUAUCCAUUUUUGGCACUCAACCCACAAUCCAAGGAGCAGUCUAUUAUUGGGAAGAUCACAGCGUCACGAGUUUUAAGUGUUUUAGUUAGUGUCAUUGUGGCAUCAUUGGGAUUUUUACCAGUCAGGGCUUUGAGGUUUAUUUUGACAAACUCUCUCGGGAAGUCAUGGUCAGCUGCGGCAGUUGAGGCUGCUUGCUCACACUUGGUGCAGUAUCAUACUAUGCGGAAUGUAAUCUUUAUGGCAAUGACAGAGUUCAGAAAGCUUACAGAAACACCAGAUUGGGCAUUUGUAAGAGAAAAGCAGGAGAAACUGGCAUUUUUGUUUGGUGUUGAUGAUCACUGGGGUCCACUUCAAAUGUUUGAAGAGAUUUCCAAGCAUGUCCCGGGCAUUGCUCUAUCAAUUGAGAGGGUCCAUACUCAUGCUUUCUCUUGCACUGAGGCUGGUUCAUCAUGUGUUGCAAAGUAUACAGCAAGCUUGAUCGAGAAUAAAUUAUUGCGUUCAAGGCAGUAAGCAAUAAUGUUGUUGCUGCCCUUGUACAGAACCAUUCUACUCAUUGUGAUAUAUACUUUAGAAAGGAAAAUCCAAAACUACCCGCAUGCCUACAAAAUCAUCGACAGAAGAUUGCUUCCUUUGUUUGAAUCGCCCCGUGACCAGCACCGUAGUUAACGGCUCCAUUUUAGAUUAUACUAAUAGAACGUAAUUUUCUCGCAACGAGACCAACAUCACGGACGACAUGAUGCCUAAAUGGAAUAUUUAAGUCAUGAACAUCAUCAAUAUGAUAUGUAUCUUUUUUCAUCAUGUAACUUGCAGCGAUGGAGCAUCCAUUUAUAUGUAAAAUUGUCAACCAAAUUCUUAAAAAGCAUCUUCAUUCUGUUCUCUAAACCAAA